UUAAGGCAGUAUUUUCAACUUCUACCAGAUAAUCAACUUCUUUGAUGAUGAUGAUCAACCACUACUUUGCUCGUUCUGAACUGUUUGUACGAAAAUUUCUUUGUAUAUGUCUGUCAAGAUCGAGAGAGAGAGAGAGAUCAGAGAAUGAAGGCAUCUUUGCUUUUCAUCAUCUUCAUGCUCGCCAUAGAUAUCUAUGGUUUAUCAUCAUCCCUUGUGAAUUCACAAACAGAAUCCUGCAGCUCAAACAUAAAUCUCAAUGGUUCGGUGUCUUUCAACACUACUUCCCUCCAUUGUCUCUCUGUUUGGGAUUCUCAAGGUUUCAUCCUCAGAUUUUCGCAGACAGCAUCCAACCUAUGGAGUUUCGUUCUUUCGGCUCCAGACACAACCUCUUACAUAGCCAUGGGAUUCUCGACUACCGGCGCCAUGGUUGGAUCCAGUGCAAUCGUGGGUUGGGUCUCGUCGGACGGUGCCGGAGUGGUUAAGCAGUAUCAUCUGGGUGGACCUUCGCCGAGGCUUGUGGUGCCUGAUCAGGGCAGCUUAAAGGUUGUCAGCAACUCAACAGCUAUCAUCUCCCAAUCCUCGCGUCUGUACAUGGCCUUCCAGUUGGAAACCGAUGACGAUCAGCAGCCGCAGACUCGGCUGCUGUACUCGGUCGGACCGACAGGAGCGUUUCCCUCGGCGCCAAACUAUGUCUUGUCCGAGCACCAAGUGAAGGUCUCUACGUCCAUAAACUAUGUAACAGGUCAAAGUAGUUCAUCGCGAGGCCCAUAUGUAAAGCUGAGGAGGAGCCAUGGAGUACUGAAUAUGAUAGGAUGGGGCAUUCUGAUGAUAAUUGGAGCAAUAGUUGCUCGUUACUUUAAGCAAAAAGACCCAACUUGGUUCUAUCUUCAUACCUCAAUUCAAUUACUCGGAUUCGUGCUUGGAAUUAUAGGAAUAGUGUGUGGAUUCAUCUUGAAAAAUCGUCUUAAUGCCCAUGUCAGUACCCAUACGGGUAUUGGGAUCUUCAUUCUUGUUCUUGGCUGCCUCCAGAUAAUGGCAUUUUUGGCUCGACCGAACAAGGAGUCAAAACUACGCAAGUACUGGAAUUGGUAUCAUCAGAACGUGGGGAGAAUUCUAAUUAUUUUCACAAUUGCAAACAUCUUCUAUGGGAUCCAUUUAGGUGGAGAAGGAAGGGGAUGGAGUGUUGGCUAUGGAGUUGUUCUUUGUGUCUUGUUCAUCACUACUGUUGUUCUUGAGUUAAGAUUUUGGAUUAGGAAGUAAAAUCCAUUGUUGGGUACAUAUAUAUAUAGCAGAUUAAGGGUAAUCACACUAUUAACCACCACCAUCCCCCCAAAAAAAAAACAAUGAUUGUCCCAAUCUUCUUAUUGUUUAUUAUUAUUAUUAUUAUUGCUAUAUUAUUUGAUAUUAUUUUCUCUAAA